GUCUCGCGAUGAUUCCGCAUCUUCUCGCUGAGCUCAACCAUGACGGUGUUUGACUGAGGGAUUGAGUCGGAGGGAUUGGAGCUUGGCUCUUGCAAAGUAAAGCUUGUUGGAAACCCUGAACAAUAAUCAUGUCUCAGCUGAGUGGGAAGGUCCAGACCGUCUUGGGCUUAAUUGAACCAGACCAACUUGGCCGCACUAUGACCCAUGAGCACCUGACCAUGAGCUUCGAGUGCUGCUACUUCCCUCCUCCUCCGGGUGACGAGGCGGUGGCAGAGAACCCGUUCCAAAUACAGCACAUGCAUUGGCUGAGACAGAACCAGUACAGCUGCCACGAGAACCUGCUGCUGCAUCAGGAGACCAGCGCUGUAAGGGAAGAGCUGAUGGUCUACAGGAAGGCCGGAGGGGGGACGAUAGUGGAGAACACCACUACAGGCAUCGAGCGAGACUUGCCCACUCUCAAACAGCUGGCGAAGGACACAGGGGUCCAUAUCAUUGCAGGAGCGGGGUACUACGUGGACUGCACACACAACGAGGCCACCAAGAAGAUGAGUGUGGAGAAGCUCACAGACAUCAUCAUCAGCGAGGUUCUUCACGGCGCCGACGGCACAGACAUCCGCUGCGGUGUGAUUGGAGAGAUUGGGACUUGCUGGCCAAUCACAGAGAGCGAGACGAAGGUGCUGAGGGCGACGGCUCAUGCUCAGACCCAGCUCGGCUGCCCUGUCAUCAUCCAUCCCGGCAGGAAUCCCGCCGCUCCGGCUGAAGUUGUCCGUAUACUUCAGGAGGCUGGCGGUGACAUCAGUAAAACUGUCAUGUCACACCUGGACAGAACCAUAUUUGAUGAAGGGGAACUGCUGGAGUUUGCAAAGCUGGGCAGUUAUUUGGAGUAUGAUCUGUUUGGAGUAGAGAUGUUGAACUACCCAUACAACCUGGAGGUGGACAUGCCCAGUGACUGCCAGAGAGUGAAGACUUUGGCGUUCCUUGUGAAGGAGGGUUAUGAGGACAAGAUUGUGGUCGCACACGACAUCCACACCAAGAACCGUCUGACAAAAUACGGCGGCCACGGAUACUCUCACAUCCUGAAGAACAUCGUGCCCAAGAUGCUGAUGAGGGGAAUCUCUCAGCACCAGGUGGAUAAGAUCCUCAUCGACAACCCCAAACGCUGGCUGACCUUUAAGUAAAGAGAAAAAAAAGGGGCCGAAGAAAUGGUCUGAUAUGUUGGUUAUUUUAUCUUCUAAGGAUGGGAAAACUCUAUGAUGAAAACUUUGAAAUUUUUGCAAUAACCUCAUCAAAAAUCACUCAGAAAUGUGUGAUUGGAACAAAAAUUCACCCCCAGUGUGCAGUUGGACACAAAAAUCAGUCAUAAGUGUCCGGUUGGACCCAGAAAUCACUCAUAAAUGUACAAUUGAGCCCAGAAAUCCCUCUUGGAUGUGUGAUUAGACCCAAAAAUCACUCCGAAAUGUGUAACGGCCCAAGAAUACCUCUUAUAUGUUCAAUUGGACUCAGAACCAAAAAUCACUCAUAAAUGUAUGAUUGGACCAAAAAUCCCUCUAAAAUGUGUGAUUGGACCCCAGUUUUAUAAAAAUUGUCCUUACUGGCUAUGUUGGUCAUAUUAAGCAAAGCCAGAUAUUUUGAUACUAUCUUUCCAAUGGAAAAUAAUUACAGGCUGUUUUUCCACCCAGCUGAAAGAUUUUUAUAUGGCGGCAUGAUUAAUUAAAUCUUGAUAUAUAUUCUUGUUAACUCAUUAUUAAACUAAUUAUAUGAAGACCUUUUUCAA